AGCUCUCUCACUAACUUCCCUUUCUUACUCCGACUCAAGCUAAUAACAGUCUGGAAAUCUUCCGGGGAAAGGUUCUUGAGAGGUUUUUGGCGUUGCUUGAAUGCAAACUGUUCUUAUACGCGCAUCCAAAUGUUGCUUUAUUUCAAGUUUGGGUGGUAAUUGUGCAGUUCCGCGAUUGUGUGCUUUUAGUGUGGCGGGAUGUGAAAUCCUACAGGUCAGUGUGUCUCAGUACAAGGAAAUAUCGGACAGGGUAGUCGCUUCUGCUUUCAUCCUACCCUGGGGCUGAUGAAAAGCCCGCUGUUGACUGGAGUUGGGUCUAGCUUGGACCGUGAGAGCGGUGGGGAGGAGGGCUGGCUCCGUGUUCAUUGCGUGAGCGGCGUGGCCGGGUCUCCGGGCGAGUUCUGUGCGCUGUGUGCCCAGUCUGAACCGUACAGAGGAGAGGAGAGCUGGUGUGUUCUGAUGUGCCUGACGUCAGCCGCCUGACCUCUCCUCCUCCUCCUCCUCCCCCUCUCUCUCCAGAUGCUUCAGAGAGACUGUGAGAAAGAGGACUAAGUGAGGGAGACGGAGACGAGAUCCUGGAGAGUGAGAGAGUGAAGCGCCGCCUGCCUGCUCCGCGUUAACUCAUUGCCUGCGAUCCGCAGCGGUGGGAAGGAGCGGACGCACUGGGACUCCCGGUCACGCUCGCACUUCUGAGCGUCCCCCCUCCCACCCCCCCCCCCACCCCCCCUUUCAUUUACCCCACCCCUCUACCCCCCCAUCUCCCGCAGACACAGCUGUGCUCCCACACGUUUCGCCGAGGAAGCCUGCGACCCGCUUAGAUGUUGGAUUACUCGGGGGCCGGAGACUGUAGCCCUGGAUUAAGGCAGCCACAUAGCUAUGCCGAAGAGCGGCUUGGUGCUUCCAACACGACUGGCAUGCUGAGGUUCUGAACACGCAUCGAUAGUUUCACACUGCACUUACUUGCAGCAGCUUGUAAGACAGUGAGAACGAGGCUGGCAAAGGCUGCUGGUGCCAAGCUGUCGGAUAAUGCAUAAAAUCAGGACACUGGUUGUGUUCCUUUGCUUCUUACUCCAUGCUGAUGCUGAAGCACCACCAAAGUUUACAAGAACUCCCAUUGACCAGACGGGAGCCUCUGGAGGGGUUGCGUCAUUUAUCUGCCAAACCUCAGGAGACCCAAGGCCGAAAAUUGUAUGGUCCAAAAAAGGAAAGAAAGUCAGCUCUCAGAGAUUUGAGGUAAUAGAGUUUGAUGAUGGAUCUGGAUCUGUUCUUAGAAUACAGCCAUUGCGGACACCACGAGAUGAGGCUAUUUAUGAAUGUGUAGCCUCCAACACUGUUGGAGAAAUAAGUGCGACCACCAGGCUCACAGUGUUACGUGAGGAUCAGCUUCCUGUAGGUUAUCCCACGAUAGACAUGGGCCCUCAGUUGAAGGUGGUUGAGCGAACACGCACAGCCACCAUGCUGUGUGCGGCAAGUGGUAAUCCAGAUCCUGAAAUUACAUGGUUCAAAGACUUCCUGCCUGUUGAUACAAGCAGCACUAAUGGACGCAUCAAACAGCUACGGUCAGAAUCCUUUGGUGGUACGCCAAUACGAGGUGCCCUCCAAAUCGAGAACAGCGAAGAGUCGGACCAAGGGAAAUAUGAGUGCGUGGCAACAAACAGUGCUGGUACACGUUAUUCUGCCCCUGCCAAUCUAUAUGUGAGAGUUCGGCGUGUUCCACCAAGAUUUUCUAUCCCUCCGACAAGCCACGAGAUUAUGCCCGGUGGAAGUGUAAAUAUCACCUGCGUCGCCGUGGGCUCCCCAAUGCCUUAUGUGAAGUGGAUGCUGGGUGCAGAAGACCUGACUCCUGAAGACGACAUGCCGAUCGGACGUAACGUUCUGGAGCUCAACAAUGUCAGGGAGUCUGCCAAUUACACCUGUGUGGCCAUGUCGACACUCGGAGUUAUAGAGGCAUUUUCAGAAGUCACUGUUAAAGCUUUGCCGAAACCUCCAGGCACUCCAUUUGUAACUGAAACCACAGCGACGAGUGUCACAUUGACUUGGGACUCAGGAAACCCAGAGCCUGUGGCUCACUAUAUCGUGCAGCACAAGCCCAAGCAUUCAGAAGGGCCGUUUGAGGAGAUCGAUGGAGUAGCUACAACAAGAUACAGUGUUGGAGGACUGAGCCCUUACUCAGAUUAUGAAUUCAGAGUUAUCGCGGUGAACAAUAUUGGUCAAGGGCCACCGAGCGAAGUGGUGGAGACACGAACAGGUGAGCAGGCUCCUUCCAGCCCCCCUCGGUCUGUGCAGGCACGGAUGCUGAGCACCACCACCAUGUUGAUUCAGUGGGAGGAGCCGGAGGAGGCCAAUGGGCAGAUUCGCGGAUACAGAGUUUAUUACACUAUGGAUCCCAACCAACACAUUAACAACUGGCAGAAGCACAACGUUGAUGACAGCAUGCUGACAACAAUUGCAAACCUCACCCCAGAGGCGACUUACACCGUACGUGUCCUGGCUUUCACUUCUGUUGGAGAUGGACCACAUUCACCUGAGAUACAGGUUAAAACUCAGCAAGGAGUUCCAAGCCAACCAAAUAACUUCAAGGCAGAACCAAAAUCAGACACAAGCAUAAUGCUAUCGUGGACGCCGCCACGACAAGACACCAUUAUCCGAUACGAGUUGCAUUACUUAGAGAGAGAGGAUGGCCAAGAGCAACUCGUCACAUUCGAGCCAAAGACAUCCUACCUUUUAGAAGAUCUCAAACCAAACACCAUGUACCAGUUCCGUCUGGCUGCUCGGUCUGAGCAUGGCCUUGGUGCCUCAACUGCGCAGACUUCAGCCCAAACCAUGGAAACUAAGCCAUCAGCCCCGCCUCAGGACAUCAGGUGUACUAGCCCAAGUUCUACGAGCCUUUUGAUAAGUUGGCAGCCGCCACCAGUGGAGAACCAGAACGGCAUCAUCACCAAAUACUCCAUCAAAUACACGGCUAAUGGCCGAGAAGACAGCUCACCCGCCGAGAUCUUGGAUAUUCCGCCGGAUACCACACAGUACUUGCUUGAACAGUUGGAGAAGUGGACUGAUUAUCGCAUCAUUAUGGCAGCCCACACCGAUGUUGGACCCGGUCCAGAAAGCUCUCCCAUACUGAUUCGCACAGAUGAGGAUGUUCCCAGUGGUCCUCCUCGAAAAGUCGAGGUAGAGGCUUUGAACUCAACAGCUAUUACAGUGUUGUGGCGCUCACCCGUUCCAAACAAGCAGCAUGGACAAAUACGGGGCUACCAGGUCCAUUACGUAAAGAUGGAACAUGGAGAACCAAGAGGACAACCCAUGCUCAAGGACAUCAUGCUGGCUGAUGCGCAGUGGGAAACUGAUGACUCUGCUGAACAUGAGAUGAUUAUUUCAGGGCUUUUGCCUGAAACUUCCUACUCAGUCACCGUGACAGCUUAUACAACAAAAGGUGAUGGAGCUCGCAGUCGUGCCAAGCUGGUGGCAACUACUGGUGCAGUUCCUGGAAGGCCUAGGCUAUUGGUUAGUCACACGCAGAUGAACACAGCUCUCAUUCAGUGGCACCGUCCCGUGGAAACCUUCGGCCCAGUUGUGGGUUAUCGUUUAAAAUUUGGGCGCAAAGACUCUGAACUACUCACGACGUUGGAAUUCACUGAGAGAGAUGACCAUUACACGGCGACCGACAUCCACAAGGGCACCUCCUAUGUCUUCAAGCUCUCUGCAAAAAAUAGAGUUGGUUUCGGGGAGGAGAUAGUGAAAGAAAUCACAAUCCCAGAAGACCGACCGAGUGGAUUUCCCCAGAACACGCAUGCCAUUAGCUCCUCGGCCACAAGUAUUGAGCUGAAAUGGCAGCCUCCUGUGUUGGCAGAGCGGAAUGGUUUAAUCACUGAGUACAUCUUGCUGUACAGAGAUAUCAACAGCCCAAACAAUCCUAUAGAGAUCUCUGUGGCUUCUCCUGAGACAACAUUGAAGCUCACCAACCUUAAACCUGACACCACUUAUGAUAUCAAAGUGCGAGCUCAUACAAGUAAAGGUCCUGGUCCAUAUAGUCCUAGUGUUCAAUUCCGGACACUGCCACUGGAUCCAGCAGUGUUUGCAAAAAAUUUUCAUGUAAAAGCUGUAAUGAAGACGUCAGUUUUAUUAACGUGGGAAAUUCCUGAAAACUACAACACCGCCAUUCCUUUCAAAAUCAUCUAUAACAAUGACCACAUUGAAGUGGACGGCAGAGCUGCGCAGAAACUGAUCACCAAUUUAAGCCCCGACACGUCGUAUUCGUUUGUGUUGACCAAUCGCGGGAACAGUGCUGGAGGAUUACAACAAGUGGUCUCAGCGCACACAGCACCGGACCUUCUCCGUACCAAGCCAGUCUUGAUUGAGAAAACCAACUCAGAUGGAAUGCUAACCGUCGAAUUGACAGCAGUGCCAACGCCACCAGCCCCUGUAAAAGGCUAUUAUAUUAUUGUUGUGCCUUUGAAGAAAUCCCAUGGAAAGUUUAUCAAACCCUGGGAAAGUCCCGAUGAAAUGGAUUUGGAGGAGUUACUGAAACAAGUUACCAGGAAACGAAGAAGUAUUCGCCUAAGAAGGCAUGCAGAUGUCCUUAAGCCAUAUAUUGCAGCCCAUUUUGAGGUCCUUCCCAAUGAAUUUACCCUUGGUGACCGGCUCUUUUACAAUGGAUUUGAAAACAAACGCCUUCAAAGUGGUCAAGAAUAUGUUUUCUUUAUUUUAGCUGUGCUUGACAGUCCAGAAUCUAUGAUGUAUGCCACCAGCCCUUACUCCGACCCUGUGCUGUCAGCAGACCUUGAUCCUCAGCCCAUAACAGAUGAAGAGGAAGGAUUGAUAUGGGUGGUUGGCCCUGUCUUGGCCGUUGUGUUCAUCAUCUGCAUUGUCAUCGCAAUCCUCCUGUAUAAGAGCAAGCCCGACAGGAAACGGACGGAGUCUGACUCGAGAAAAAGCAGUAUUCCCAACAGCAAGGAAUUACCUUCCCAUCACCCUACAGACCCUGUCGAAUUAAGACGACUCAAUUUCCAAACUCCAGGUUCAGGUGUCUCCAGUUACCAUGGUAACCUUCAUUCGACAAGCAUGGCCAGUCAUCCACCGAUCCCCAUCUCCGAGCUUGCUGAUCACAUUGAGCGGUUGAAAGCCAAUGACAACUUGAAGUUCUCACAGGAGUAUGAGUCUAUUGAUCCUGGCCAGCAGUUUACAUGGGAACAUUCAAACAUGGAGGUGAAUAAACCAAAGAACCGGUAUGCCAAUGUGAUAGCAUACGACCACUCACGUGUUCUUCUCUCAGCUAUUGAGGGCAUUCCAGGAAGUGAUUACUCUAACUCCAACUACAUCGAUGGCUAUAGAAAGCAAAAUGCCUACAUUGCCACACAGGGGCCCCUGCCCGAGACGUUCGGAGAUUUUUGGAGGAUGAUAUGGGAGCAACGAAGUGCAAUUGUUGUGAUGAUGACCAAACUGGAAGAAAGGUCACGGGUGAAAUGUGACCAGUAUUGGCCUUCCAGAGGUACAGAAACCUUGGGAUUAAUCCAAGUCACUCUGCAGGAUACAGUUGAACUGGCAACCUACUGCGUGAGAACAUUAACAUUAGACAAGAUUGGCUCCAGUGAAAAGAGGGAAGUGCGACAAUUCCAAUUCACAGCGUGGCCUGAUCACGGGGUUCCAGAGCACCCUACGCCAUUCCUGGCCUUCCUACGGCGUGUGAAAGCUUGCAACCCUCCAGAUGCUGGGCCUAUGGUUGUACAUUGCAGUGCCGGUGUUGGAAGGACCGGAUGUUUCAUUGUAAUAGAUGCCAUGUUAGAGAGAAUAAAGCAUGAGAAAACUGUAGAUAUUUAUGGUCACGUAACGCUAAUGAGAUCACAGAGGAAUUACAUGGUACAGACUGAGGACCAAUAUAUCUUUAUUCAUGAUGCACUGCUUGAAGCAGUGACUUGUGGAAAUACCGAAGUGCCGGCCAGAAACCUGUACGCAUACAUCCAAAAGCUGACACAAGUGGAGCCGGGAGAAAACGUCACCGGCAUGGAAUUGGAGUUCAAGCGUCUAGCCAACACUAAAGCUCACACAUCAAGAUUCAUUAGUGCCAAUCUUCCAUGUAACAAAUUCAAGAAUCGCCUUGUUAAUAUUAUGCCAUAUGAAUCCACAAGAGUAUGUCUACAGCCAAUAAGAGGAGUUGAGGGCUCGGACUAUAUCAAUGCCAGUUUCAUUGAUGGGUACAGACAGCAGAAAGCCUAUAUAGCCACGCAAGGGCCCCUAGCUGAGACAACAGAAGAUUUCUGGAGAAUGCUUUGGGAGCACAAUUCAACCAUUGUGGUUAUGCUAACCAAGCUCAGAGAGAUGGGCAGAGAGAAAUGUCACCAGUAUUGGCCUGCAGAGCGAUCAGCGAGGUAUCAGUAUUUUGUAGUUGAUCCCAUGGCAGAGUACAACAUGCCUCAGUACAUUCUCAGAGAGUUCAAGGUCACGGAUGCAAGAGAUGGUCAGUCACGCACGGUGAGGCAAUUCCAAUUUACUGACUGGCCAGAGCAAGGAGUGCCAAAGUCUGGAGAAGGGUUUAUUGAUUUCAUUGGGCAAGUACACAAGACAAAAGAGCAAUUUGGCCAGGAUGGACCCAUCAGUGUUCAUUGUAGUGCUGGUGUUGGGAGGACUGGUGUUUUCAUAACACUUAGUAUUGUAUUGGAAAGAAUGAGGUAUGAGGGUGUUGUGGAUAUCUUUCAGACUGUCAAAAUGCUUAGAACACAACGGCCAGCUAUGGUACAAACAGAGGAUCAGUAUCAGUUCUGCUAUCGAGCUGCACUGGAGUACCUUGGAAGCUUCGAUCACUAUGCAACGUAAAACCUGAUCCACCUUGGAUUUACAGUAGGCCACAUAAGAUCCAGAAAGCCUCUUCUGAGCCAUACAAUGUGCUUGAGAAGUUCUACUUACUCCUAGCUAAAGAUAAAUUAGUGGGGGGGAGGGGAAAUUAAAAAAUAAACUAUUCCAGGUGGACCAAGAAUUGGCAGUUUAAUAACCUACUUGAGAAGAAGAGGAGAAUCCUUCAUGAUGAGGCAUCAGAAGGAUUGUUCAGACAACUCAAGGAUUCAACUUUGAUGAUUGAAGUGGAGGGAAGCCUAUUGCAGAAGACGGAGAUUGUGCUAAGGAUUAUCUGAGAACUGUGGAGAAUGGAUUGCAAAGCUGAAUCUUGAGAGUACUAUGCCUGCAAAGGAAUGAAAAUGUUAUGAAAAGGCCAGUUCCUGACAUAAGAAACUAGUAGGACCCGUUUGCUUCGAUAUCACCCCUUUCCACCAUUUGCUCAUACUAAUUAUUAAGAGGGAGGGAAUGUUCAAAUUACUGAUUUAGUUUUUUAGUACUGUAAUAUACUGCUGACCUGUGCUUCAUUUUUAACUGUGUAAACUUCUUUCCCUUUUUUAACAAAAGUUUAUCAUUCAAUGAAGUGAAUUUAAAAAGUUGCUUAUUUGUUCAUGUUUUUUCCAGACUGUAGCUUUUUUUAAGCUGUAGAAAUGAUGUACGUAUCUGGCUGUAGAAACGGAAAUAAUUUGAAUUUUUUGAUGCACAUUUUUUUUUGUGCUGUCCUUUUAUUUAUCUUACCACAUAAUGGUCUGAUUGAGUUUUUCAUUUCAAUGAAAGUUGCCCUUAGCAGUCAGUUAAUAAACAAAUCAACUCAUAAAUUUCAAUGAAAAAGGGCCUUUAAGGAAUCAACAGGGAGGGGCAAAGUAUAAAGCUACUGCUACUGAAUUCAUCAGAUCAUCCAUGUCAAAGAUUUUAAGAUGUGGUUGAAUAGCUCACCAAAUAUAUCACUGGUAACCUCCAUCUGAAUAAUAAUUAGUUGUCUAGGCUUCCAUGAUGAGAUGGUGAAAAGUUAGUGUCUACUGGAAUGCACAUCAAUGAACUCAGUAAUCCAUGUUUAAUAGGUUCGUAUGAUAUACUGAAACGUAUCUUUGCACAUGUACGCAAUAAAUUGCAUAUAAAAAAAGCAAAUAAGUUUUAAAAUAUUUAGCGUGGGACUUUCAUUUCGCUUCUAUACUUUAUAGUGAGCAUGUUGUUAAAUAUACUUGGAUUAAGUAAUCCCUGUGUCAGAACUAAAAUGGGGUUAAAAGUCAGUUUAAUUACUGUAUGAGGAUGGAAAAUCUUAAGGGGAGGAUAACAGUUCAAAGCAUUUCACAUUUUAUUGAAGCCAUAGUCUACAGAGUUUUUGUUCCUUUACGGGUUCAGUGGAAUUUAACUUUCUGAGAAGCCUUGCAGCAAAGUCGCAUCAGUAAUAUCACUGGUGGGUCAUAAACGUAGGGAAAAGUCAAAUUUGUCCCAGAGUGGCUCUACUGCAAAAAGAGGCAGUGAUCCAGAGGGCCUCGAUGGCAAGAAUUAGGGCUGUGCUAGAUCAACUCUGUUGCAGGAUGUAGGUGUUCUCCAGAGGAACUCCUAUCACAAGAGACGGGAGGUAUCCCAAGCACUAGGAAAAAUUUGCAGCUGUUAUUGCUGAAUUCUCAGCUUCCCAACCACAAAUUCCUCAUGAUUAGGGGGCUCCACAAUGCCCGUGAAGCUGCCCUUCCAUGUUGUUUGCUGUAACCAUCUGCCCAGAGCACUGUGACAGAGUGGCCAAGCAACAUAAGGAGACCAGGCUCCAGCAUCUAGCAUCUCCCCAGCAGAAAGAAAUCUCAUGUUCUGAUGAAUGGGAGUGAUUUUGAACAUGAGUCACUCGCCAUAGACUAUCCUUCCUCUUUAAAUGGUAACUUUAUAUGCAAAUUAGAUGCCAUUAUACCAUUUUGUACAUACUUUUGCAUUUAAUUUCCAUUUCUGAAUUGAAGUGCUUAAAGUGUAUUGAGGUCUUUUGUGUACCUUAACAUUAUAAAAUCAUUUAGCAAUCUGUCAAAUCCAGUAGGUGGUCAUUUUACAUUAUUACAUCUAGCUAGCAGAAAUGAGCUCUGUGGAAAGCACUGAAGCUUCUUGAUCAGUGGUAUGGUCAUGGUCAUGAUCAUCCCAGUUGUUUCACCAGGUCAUCCAACAACUUUUUUAAAUGUAUUGUCCUUGAUACGACAGUCAUAUUUGGAGUUUCCAUCUUUUUUAUAUAUGAACAUUGGAUUCCCUGUCUUGGUUCCAUUCCCAUUGCUUUUAGCAAGACCAAACAUAAUGUAGAGUCUGGCAAGCCACAGUGUUAGUGGGUUCUUCGCAUUAAGAAAACUAAGAGCAUUGAAAGUAAGUGGAAAGACAUGUCAGGAAUCAUUACGGUACAGAGUAGACAGUCUGUGAGGCCAGUCACCCUAUUUUCUUUUUUGAUUUUCUUUCCUUCGACACUCGGUGGUCAAAAGCUGUUUUUGAAAUCAUACAAAGCACUUUUUCUAAAACAAGAAAGAUGACAGAAGGCUACCUCAGGAUGGAGCCGUGAGAGUUUAUAUCAUGUCGAUGCACCUCUUCACAUGUUGUUAUAUUAACAAUCUGCUAACUGUUCCUGUGAGAUGAGAUACAGACCAUUACCUAGUAAGAACCACCAGUCUAACCUCAAUCAGUAUUGAGCCCAGUUGCUGAGGUUGCCAAGUAUAACUGUUCAUAUAUUUGUCCAGUUGAUGGUUGUCUCUUAAAAAACAAAGUAUCUGUUUUGUACCAAGAGCUAUUUGUGAAAUCAUAAGAACAUGUUGAGUGAGAAAACUGUUCCAAUGGAAUUCUUGUUUGGGAAUGCAUUUUCCCCCCAGAGCUGAAAAAGAAAACUUUGAAAUAUUUCAAUUGAAAAUCAGAAUGUGGGGAGCCAGGGUAAUUAUAAUAAAAAGGAGUAAGUUGUCAAGAAUACUCAGCCUAUUUGCUGCUUUUUUAAUCUAGUUUCUCAUUGAUGUGUGUUCCUGAUGCACUCACUCUCUCCCAUUCCACUAUCACGGUCUUAUUGAAACUUCUUAUUCUGCAAAUUCCUUCAUAAUCUGCAGAAAGAUAUAUUUUUCUCUCUUUGAAAGCUGACAAGGUGCUAUAAUUAUUUAACCAUUAACCUAUGUAGGCAAUAUAUAAAUAUAUACAUAUAAUUUUUUUAAUUAGUUGCAUUCAGAUAGAUAACAUUUGUAUGAUGCAAGUAUAUUUUAAUUUAGUAACUCUUUUUGCAAAUUAUUUUCUCAUAUUAGUUGUUGUUUUCUGUUCUUAAUGAUCCAAUUUGCAAAAAUCUAAAGUCCUCCAGGGAGAUGUGCACUUUUCCAAAACUUUGUACUAUGCACUGCCCUCGUGAUUCUACACCCAAAAUUACAUGCUACUUGAACCCUUGUGUAACUUCCGCGUUCACUCUAGGUAUGUAUGUAAAUAACACGGAACUUUAAGAGAAAAAGGUCGUUGCAAUGAUACCCAAAUACUCUGACAAAUCUCCCGAUGGCUUCACGUUCUACGCCCAUCUUGUUCUGUGAAUUUUUUUUCCCAUUCAAGCUUAGAGUGCUUGGUUUUAUUUUCAAAGUAUAACAGACUGUGUUCACUGCUCUCAUUUGAAUGCAUAGAUUGAACAAAAUAAAAUGUAACAUGGCUUGUUCAAAGAAUCAUACAAUUACCUCUAGUAGUUAACAUAAAUGUUUUACAGAUUGAAAGGCGUGCUUUUUAUUUUCUUACUUAGGUUACAUUGGUGGCAAAAAGUCUGUAAGAAAAUCAGUUAUUUGCUGACACAAGUUCCAUUUGUUACAAAUGAAUUCUAAUAAAAAUGUCAGUGUUAUGCA